UGUGUGUGUGCUACAGUUAGUGAGAAGUGCGGUCAAAGGGCCGUGAGAGUGUCAGCGAAAAGAAAUAUAACACGGAUUUGCGCUUCCGAUAUCUCGAUCCGCCGGGGAUUUAGAUGGAUAAAAUGACGCACGGUUUGUGAGCAAUGAGUCACCAGCUCCCCUCAGGACCUCAGAUCAGCAGGCCAGAGCUGAAGCUGUGUGCAGCGUUGCAGCUCCACUAAACACACUCCACUGACCUCAGAUCAGCAGGCCAGAGCUGAAGCUGUGUGCAGCAUUGCAGCGCCACUAAACACACUGCACUGACCACAGCCCCAGUGUGGCAUGACUGCCUCCGGUGAUGAGGAAGAGGAGCAGGACGUUCUUCCUCUCUCUCCACCUGGCGUUGUGACGCCGCUGAUGACAUCACAGCAUUCUGAUGUCCGAGCCUUCGCUCCUGCCGCUAACAUGGCUGACCAGCGGGGUGUUCGCUGCCCCUCAGAACUCGACACGGACGCUAAAAUCCGCGCCUCGCUGGACAACGCCUCCGUGUGGCAGGAGUUCCGUGGCGUGGGGACGGAGAUGCUCCUGACGAGGGAGGGGUCCCACAUGGUCCCCUCCUGCCGCUACAGGCUGCGCGGUCUGGCCCCGAGCCGGCACUACUUCCUUCUCAUGGACUUCCUGCUGGUGAGCAGGAGCAGGGCGCGGGGCGGACGGAGCGACCCACGCGAGGAGGUCGGCCACAUCUACACACACCCCUCCUCACCUGACCCACGCGAGGAGGUCGGGCACAUCUACUGUACACACCCCUCCUCACCUGACCCACGCGAGGAGGUGGGCCACAUCUACACACACCCCUCCUCACCUGACCCGCGCGAGGAGGUCGGGCACAUCUACACACACCCCUCCUCACCUGACCCACGCGAGGAGGUCGGGCACAUCUACACACACCCCUCCUCACCUGACCCACGCGAGGAGGUCGGGCACGUCUACACACACCCCUCCUCACCUGACCCGCGCGAGGAGGUCGGCCACAUCUACACACACCCCUCCUCACCUGACCCACGCGAGGAGGUCGGGCACGUCUACACACACCCCUCCUCACCUGACCCGCGCGAGGAGGUCGGUUACAUCUACACACACCCCUCCUCACCUGACCCACGCGAGGAGGUCGGCCACAUCUACACACACCCCUCCUCACCCGCCACGGGCUCCACGUGGGAACGAGCGCCGGUCGCGUUCGACUCGUUGAAGCUGACCUGCGACCGGCUGAACGACUCCCGCGUCGUGACGCUGCGGUCCGACCGGCGGUACGUCCCUCGGCUGCACGUGGUGCCCUUUGACCCCGGCAGGGGUCGAACGGUCGACCUUGACCACCCGGAGACGUGGACGUUCGUGUUCCCGCAGGCCGAGUUCUGUGCCGUCUCGUGCUACCGGAACCUCCAGCUCAUCAGCCUGAAGAUCAAGCACAACCCGUCUGAACAUGAGGAGAUGGCUUUAGGCACGCACCUGCAGUCACCACCAGGGGUCAGCCAUGAGCACGACCCGUCUGAACAUGAAGAGAUGGCUUUAGGCACGCACCUGCAGUCACCACCAGGGGUCAGCCAUGAGCACGACCCGUCUGAACAUGAAGAGAUGGCUUUAGGCACGUACAUGCAGUCACCACCAGGGGUCAGCCAUGAGCCCAGCGCUUCUCCAUCUCCUGAUGUCCACCAUGUUGAAAAGAAGCGGGCUAAGAAGCGGCCGUAUCUCACCACUGCUCCUCAGGUGGGGCUGGAGGCAUCUCCAGUGCUCAAGAAGAAGAUGGAUCCCUCAGAGCCGUCAUUAUCAUCCUCCGUAGUCACGGGAACAUCAUCAGGACCAGAGGAAGUUACUUGUGAUGUGAGCGUCUCCAUUACCAGUAAGGUCCAGGAGGCAACUGGGGCAACAGAACCUGAGGAAGCCACUGAAGAAGGUCCAGAGGUCCAGCAGGAGAGUAUUGUGCAGCUGCAGAAGGCGUUGCUGUUGGAUCUGGGCUCCUACAAACACAGACAGGUCAUCCAUCCUGCUCUGCAACAGGUGGGCCUGAAGCUGCAUCUGGUGGGUCCUGAGGUGGCCAUAGACCUGCAGUACCUGGGCGUGGCCCCCUACCCACAAUCCUGUGCAGUCGAUACUCCUCAGCUUCUCCACGCCCCUACUGCUCUUCCUGCCCCCGCGACCCUUGACCUCAUUGUUCCGCCGACCCCUGCCCCGAAGGUCGUUCUGCUGCCAGUGAGCAAGGUCACUCAGAGGGAUGGCGUCUACUGGCAACGUGAUGGACAGCUGUUCCAGGUGUUCCGAGUGCAGAAUGUCACAUCCAGCAUCACGUACGUCCAACCCAUUAGUCAGAAGGACAUCACGUACGUCCAGCCCAACGGGCGGAAGGUCAUCCUGUUGCCCUUGACGACGCAGCAGGCAAAGCUCACACCUGCCUCUGGGUCUACACUUACCCCAUCUCCUGCCCCUGGGUCUACACUCACCCCACCACCUGCCCCUGGGUCUACACUCACCCCACCACCUGCCCCUGGGUCUACACUCACCCCAUCACCUGCCCCUGGGUCUGCACUUACCCCAUCUCCUGCUGCAGGUACACUUACCCCAUCUCCUGCCCCUGGGUCUUCACUUACCCCAUCUCCUGCCCCUGGGUCUACACUUACCCCAUCACCUGCCCCUGGGUCUACACUUACCCCAUCACCUGCUGCAGGUACACUUACCCCAUCUCCUGCCCCUGGGUCUGCACUUACCCCAUCUCCUGCCCCUGGGUCUACACUCACCCCAUCACCUGCCCCUGGGUCUACACUUACCCCACCACCUGCCCCUGGGUCUACACUCACCCCAUCACCUGCCCCUGGGUCUACACUCACCCCAUCACCUGCUCCAGGUCCACUUACUGGGGUUAACGUGUGGGGAGCAUUACCAUUAAUGGGCAGUCUUCCUUCAGGGAAGUCAAAGGAGAUGAUCAGGACGAAGACACACAGCAGUUCAAACCGCAAACGAGGCAGGCCAGCCAAGCAGGGCAAAGGUCACGGCCUCCUGCCCUAAGCCCAGAACGCCUCUGGCUAUCACACACACACAAGAGCACCUCUGGCUAUCACACACACACACACACACACAUACACGAGCACCUCUGGCUAUCACACACACACACACACACACACACACAAUACAAUGUGUGUGUGGAAAUGAGGGGUCACACUAGUUCCAGUUACCAUUCCUGUACAGUACGCACUAAAGUGUGGAGUAUGGAAGUGCCUUCAGGGAUGGACAUGACACAGGUCCCUUCUUUAGACGUUCUGAUUCUUUAUAGACGUUUGUAUCAUGCCUUCUGUUGUGGU